AUGGACGGCCUCAGCGACGCUGCCAGCCUCAUCGCUGUCAUUAAACUGUCAUGUGAAGUGAUCGGAUUCGUCGGGACGGCAAGCGGAGCCACGAAGGAAAGGAAGCGCGUUCGCGAGGAGGUCCAAGCCUGCCAAACCAUCCUCCAACAACUCAAAGAUGAGGCUGACGAAUCCGAAGAAGGGCAGACGUGGACGAAAAUAAUCAACGCUCUUGAGGAACUUCAUGCGCCACUGGGUCGGCUCUCGAUUGCUUUGAACCUCCUCAAAACGAGGCUGGAGCCCAGGUCCGGCCAGAGGAUCCUCACAUCCUUGAAAUGGCCAUUUCAGGAGAAAGAGGUGGCAAGGAUCAUCGACGCCAUCGAACGAGAGAAAGCAUUGUUGGGUUUGGCAUUGAUCAAUGAUUACCGGAGACUGAUCCAAGAUCUCCAGAAGAGCUCCAGAGAAAACACACGCCAUGUCCUGGAGCUCAUCGACGUAGUCAGAAGCAGCUCGCAGGGCACUGAGGGCCAGCUUGCCGAGUUGAGAGACGGCCUGGCCCGUAUCGAAGUGCUGCAGGCUGAUGUCAACGACGGCCUCGGUCGUCUGACCGGUCGAGAUGAUCGGCGAGAAGCUUCUGAAGAGCAUAAGGCUGUCCUUGACUGGCUCACCACCGUCGACUAUGCUUCUCAACAGAGCGACUUCAUUAGUCGACGACAGCCGGGGACUGGACAGUGGCUUCUCGACUCGACAGAGUUCAAGACGUGGGUGGAGACCGACAGGCAGAUAUUGUUCUGCCCAGGUAUUCCUGGCGCAGGGAAAACAAUUCUUACAUCAAUCGUUGUCGAGUAUCUCCACGACAAGUUUCGAGGGGCACAUACCCAUAAUACCGACCAUCACUCAGGCGGCAAUAUUGGUAUUGCAUAUCUCUAUUGCAACUUUCGGCGGCAAUACGAACAGGAGGCCAGUGACCUGCUCGCGAGCCUACUCAAGCAGCUAAGCCAGGCGAGGUCGUCGUUGACAGAAAGUGUCAAGCAGCUCUAUAGCCAACACAGACACAAGCGAACACGACCCUCAUUCGACGAAAUAUCAAGAGCACUCCAAUCUAUUGCCAGCACGUUUCUCCGAGUCUUUAUUAUCGUCGACGCAAUUGAUGAGUGCCAAACAACUAAUGGCAGCCAGACGAAGGUCUUAACAGAGGUUUUCAAUAUCCACGCAAGCUCCGGAGCCAACAUCUUUGUGACCUCGAGAUUUAUUCCGGACAUUACCAGAAAAUUUGAAGCGGCUACCUCAUUGGAGAUUCGUGCCAGCGAGGAAGACGUGCGAAGAUAUGUUGACGGCCACAUCUACCGACUCCCUGGAUUUGUUAGCGGUAAUCACGACUUACAAGAAGAAAUCAAGACGGGGAUUGUCCGGUCGGUAGGGGGAAUGUACCUCCUCGCUCAGCUCCAUCUUGAUUCCUUGGUCGGCAAGAGAUCCCCCAAAGCUAUUCGUGCAGCGUUGGCAAACUUAUCCACAGGUCUGAAGGCACAGGUAUAUGAUCUCGCCUAUCAAAACGCCAUGGAGCGCAUCGAAGGUCAAGUAGCAGAUCAAGCCCAGCUUGCCAAACAGGUUCUAUCCUGGGUCACCUGCACAAAGCGACCGCUCACCACAUUAGAACUGCAGCACGCUCUUGCAGUGGAAGUUGGCGAGGCUGAGCUAGACGAAGAGAACCUCCCCCAGAUCGAAGACAUGGUCUCUGUAUGUGCUGGCUUGGUCACACUUGACAGAGAAAGUGGCAUCAUCAGGCUAGUGCAUCAUACGGCACAGGAAUAUUUCGAGCGGACCCAGAAGCACUGGUUUCCGGAUGCUGAGGCUGAGAUAACGACCUGCUGCGUCACGUACUUGUCCUUUGACGCCUUCACAUCCGGCCACUGCGCAAGCGACGAAGCGUUCGAGGGGCGGUUGCGGUUAUAUCCAUUCUAUCGUUAUGCAGCGCAUUAUUGGGGUAUCCACGCCCGUCAGGUAUCAACAUGCUCCACGCUCCUGAUCGAUUUCCUGAGGGAAAUAUCGAAUGUGGAAGCAGCCGCGCAAGGACUCUUCGCCGUCCGAGAUUCGUGGGAACCGCAGUACAGCCAACGGGUCCCAAAACAGCCGCUGGGCCUCCAUUUAGCAGCACACUUUGGAAUCGAAGAAGCAACGGGUAUCUUGCUGCAGCAUUGCCAAAGUGUAGAGGCAACAGAUGCGAGCGGCCGCAAGGCGCUGUCUUAUGCCGCAACUGGUGGGCACGAGCCCACGGUGCAACUGCUGCUCGACAGGGGCGCCGACAUCGAGGCAACAGAUGACAACGGCCAGACGCCCCUGUGGUAUGCUGCCAGGGCCGGGCACGAGGCAGUCGUCCGGCUGCUGCUCGAGAAGGGCGCCAACGUGGAGAUUCAAGACCGUCACGGUAUAACGCCACUACUCCUGGCCGCCGGCAGAGGGCAUGAAGGCGUUGUACGGGUUCUGCUCGAAAAGGGUGCUACGGUCGAGAUCAAGAACAAUCCUGGGACGACGCCGCUCAUGCUUGCCGCCGACCAAGGGCACACGACCAUCGUGCAUUUCCUGCUCGACAACGGCGCCGACAUCGAGUUCAGAGACGCCGUGGGCAUGACACCGCUGUCCUGGGCGGCCGAAGGCGGGCACGAAGACACCGUGCGGCUCCUCCUCGACAAAGGUGCCGACCUCGAAGCACGGGACCUGCACCGCAAGGUGCCGCUGUGGUACGCCGCCCGGGGUCGCCACGAGGCCGUCAUGCGGUUGCUGCUCGAACGCGGCGCUGACGCCGAGCCACGCGACCACCCGGGUGCCAUUCCCAUGUGGUAUCUCUGGCAGAUCAGGGACAGGGUCAUCGAGAAGCUCUGGCGCGAACAUGGCCACACUUGA